UCGUUUUAUGCUAUCUUUCGGCAAGAUCCGUCGGCGUCUUCCCUCAUUUCCUUCUUCGAUAGCUUCUGUGAUUCAAGAAAAUAUUUUGAUAAAUAGGGAUUCAAUGAUAGCCUUAACAACCUCUUUUUCGCCUAAAACCCAACACAUUUUAUAUUCCAACAUCUACAAUACGAUCAUAUAUUGGCACAAAAUCUGGUAAAAGGAGACACAAAAAGGCUACCUUUUUUCUCAGAUUUUCAAAUUGCAAGAGCAGUAGAGUUCACCAUUUUAUAAGCUGAAAGAUCCCCUCACUAUGCAUUGAGAAUGGACAGUGUUUCUUUAAGAGCUAUUCGAAGACCAGACCGUAACCAUCUUCAAUCUAGAGAUGGUAAGGAAGGCUUCCUUGCAAGUGGGAAGUUAUACCACGACUCCCCAAUGAGGAUUAUAUGGAAAAGGGGCUUCAUUCGGUUGGUUCUUGUGGCCGGAAUUAUUUGGGGGAUGCUCAUUCUAACCGCAUUGUUAUUUCAUGCUUGGUCUUGCCAGUCUUCUAUUGCUUUCUUUUCAGCCCUUUGUAACAAAAGCAGUAAAAUAUAUGAAGUAAUUCAGAGUAUGGGACUUGUGACACCUCCACAUCGUUGUCCUAUUCCUGUAGCAGAUGAUCCAAAUAAGAUUGUUAUUCCAAAAAGGAGAUCUCCGGAAAAGUAUGUGCAAUCACUUUCUUACUUUAUGGAGGAUGUGACAGCAACCAACGGAUCUCAGUCGCCCCCUUUGUUUGGAGGAAAUAUAACAUGGAAACAGAGAGAUGAGAGCUUUAAAAUAAAACCAAACAUGAAGGUGCACUGUGGCUUUAUACGAAAUGGUGGUGCAGAAAUGGCUCAGAAAGACAUCAAAUAUGUCAAGAAGUGUCGGUUCGUUGUUGCCUCUGGUAUUUUUGAUGGGUAUGAUGCACCUCACCAGCCAUCAAAUAUAAGUGCACGUUCUCAGAAGCUCUUUUGCUUUCUUAUGGUUGUCGAUGAAGUAUCCCUCGAGUUCAUCAAGAAAAAUGUUACUGUUAGAGAGGACAACGAAGGGGGAGAAUGGGUUGGUAUCUGGCGUUUGAUUCUAUUGAAGAAUCCUCCGUAUGAUGAGCCUAGAAGGAAUGGAAAAGUUCCAAAAAUAUUAACCCACAGAUUAUUUCCUCAAGCACAGUACAGCAUCUGGAUUGAUGGUAAAAUGGAGCUGAUAGUUGACCCAUUGCUAUUACUUGAAAGAUACUUGUGGCGUGAGAAGAAUACGUUUGCAAUUGCUCAGCACAAGCAUCACCGCAAUGUGUACGAAGAGGCUGAUGCAAACAAAAGGAGAAAGCGAUAUGCUCGUCCUCUGAUUGAUCUUCAUAUGAAGAUAUAUCGCUACGAGGGAAUGGAACCAUGGAAUCCAAAGAAAAGCACUCCUAGUGAUGUUCCAGAAGGAGCCGUCAUCAUACGAGAACAUACUGCACUGAGUAAUUUGUUUAGUUGCUUGUGGUUCAAUGAAGUUCACCUCUUCACACCGAGAGAUCAGCUGAGCUUUGGGUAUGUUGUCUAUAGGUUAGGAGGCCUAUUCAAAUUUUUUAUGUUUCCUAAUUGUGAGUAUAACUCCAUCUUUAUUUUGCACAAUCAUACCCGUGAACAUUCAUCCAAAGUAGAGUGGGUAAAAUCUUUGGAUGAAUUUAAGAAGAAAACUGGUUUGAAAGAGAGUAGGGGAGGAUUAGGGUUGUGGAUUCCUUAUCCAGGGAAUUUGGAUUCGGUUGUAUUACCAUCUGUAAAGAGAACUUCAAAAGCUGGAUGAGAAUGGAGUUAUAUUUCUAUUUCACAUUUUGGGUUUUGCCUACCCACCCAAUUAUGAAGAACAGUGUAAUGCAUUGUAUUAUCCUUCAUCAGUUUUGAGGCUUUCUUUGGAGUU